AGACACUCUGUGUUCCGCAAGAACAGCCAACUUCACCCGAUUUUCGCUCUGUGUAUUUAACCAUAGAGAGCAAAACACAAAAAUUAAAAAAAAACUUUGACAACUUCAAGGAAUUUUUCGCAGACGCUUUCUUGAGUGGUUGACCCGCCUAGAAAAAUAUAAUUUCACUCAUUAAAAACGUUCGAAUUGCAAUGAAUUCCAGCAUAACAAUUGAACGUAAGCGUGUUGAUUGCAAUUCGUUGCCGAAAGGAUGGCAGCGGGAAGAAGUGCUCCGUAAGUCUGGUAUAUCGGCUGGUAAAGUUGAUGUCUACUACUACAGCCCAACCGGAAAGAAAAUCGAAAGUAAGCCACAGUUGGCGCGUUACCUUGGUGAUGCGAUCGACAUUGGUGCGUUCGAUUUUCAUAGCGGCAAAUUCGUGCGCCACUUGCCACCGCCAUCGAUUUCGUUAUUCCGUUGCUCGAGUGUAACAAAUAGUAGCAGUAGUGGUAGUGGAAGUGGCAGUACAUCAAUGCCACCACCACCCCCACACUGCAGUGCUAGUAGCACUACAUCCCUAUACGUGUGUUCCUCCUCAUCUUCUUCACAAUUACCUAGUACUACAAAUGCCAACAUACUACAACCACCAACUUCAACAACCACAUCAAAUACGCUAAAUGCAUUAAAGCGCAGAUACAAGGCGCAAUCCCAAUCCCAAUCACAAACUCAGAAUCAAUCACAGACCCAUGGUAUACAAGGCAUACAUACGACUGCCAUUAGUAGCAGCUGUGCCCCGUCAAGCGCAUCUGGCGUUGCAACUACAUCGGCUGCGAGUUCUCGUCAGCAAUUAGAAUUCAGUCGCGCCCCACGCACAGACGCUUCACUGGUGCCGCCUAUACGUCAGACCGCGUCAAUUUUUAAACAACCAGUAACUGUAGUACGUAAUCAUGAGCAUACAAAGGUUCGAAAUGAUAACACCAAACAGACAAGUGGCCAGGAGAAACCAAAGCAAAUGUUCUGGGAGAAACGAUUAGAGGGUUUGCGCGCAUGUCAUCCUACCGGCGAAGAAUUCGAAGAUAUCAUUUUGCCAAAAAGCAUACGCACCAUUGGUCCAAAUGUUAGUGAGCAGACUGUACUGCAAUCGUUGGCUACCGCAUUGCAUAUGCUCAACGUGCCUGUUAUGGGACAAGCCUCCACAAAGACUGAGAUGAAUAAAAAUGCUACAGCAUUUUUGAAUCCAGAACAACCACUAAUGCAAGCUGUUCUAGUGUCAGAAGACGAUAUACGGCGCCAAGAGGAUCGGGUUAAUGCGGCUAGAAGAAAGCUCCAAGAUGCUCUUAAAACUUAAA